CUUCACCCUGGGGAGUGGGCUCUGCUGGAUCCUUCCCAGAAGAAGCUCUACAAAGAUGUGAUGCUGGAAACCUUCAGGAGCCUGGCUGCUAAGUCAAGUGUUGAAGAAACUCUUUGAACAUAAGGAAGAUAGUCAUUAUGGAGGAUUCUUCAAGCAGACUCCAGAGCAUACUGUGAACCAGAAAACUAGUCCAGCAGUAACACUGCGUGAAAAAGUUCUCAGUGCUUAUUCAUCCCCAAGUGUCCCCCUCAGGACUACUACUGGACAAAGCACAUUACAGUGUCAUGAACAUGGACACAAACUGUCUACACAUAAGAAAUGUGGACAAGCCUCCUGUUCUCCCCAGUGCCUGCAGAAGCAUGACAUGACUCUCACUGGAGAGAAACCACAGGAAUGUCAGCAGUGUGGGAAAGUGUUCAUUUCUUCCAGUUCCUUCCAAAGACAUGAACGCCAUCACAAUGGAGAGAGACCCUAUGUAUGUACGGCAUGUGGGAAAGCCUUUACUCGUAAUGGUGUCCUUCAGACACAUCAAAGAAUUCACAAAGGAGAAAAGCCCUGUGCUUGUAAGGAUUGUGGAAAAACCUUUGCUCAUUCCGGGUUCCUUCAAAGACAUGAAAGAAUCCACAUGGGAGAGAAACGCUAUGUGUGUAAGUCUUGUGGGAAGGCUUUCACUGAUUCCAGUUGCCUUCGAUACCAUGAAAUGACACACAGUGGAGAGAAACCCUACAAGUGUAAGCGGUGUGGAAAAGGCUUUGCUUGUUCCAGUUCUCUAAGAAAGCAUGAAAGAAGUCAUACUGAAAAGAAUCCCUAUGUGUGUAUGCAAUGUGGGAAAGCCUUUGUGUCUUCGAGUGAGUUGGGAGCCCAUGGAAAACAUCACAGUGGAAAGAGGCCUCAUGUAUGUGAGCAAUGUGGCAAAACUUUCAUUUGGUUUAGAAACUUUCAAAGACAUAAACGAAAUUGCAGUGGAGAAAAUAUCUGGGUCUGUAAGCAGUGUAGGAAAGCCUUGUCUUUUUGGAGUCUUCAAAGACACCAACGAAUCCACACUGGAGAAAAACCCUAUGAAUGCAAGCAAUGUGGGAAAGGCUUUAUUUAUUCUUAUUCUCUUCAGGCACAUGAAAGAAUUCACACAGGAGAGAAGCCCUUUGCCUGUAAGCAUUGUGGAAAAACUUUUGCUCGUUCCAGUCCCCUUGUAUCACAUGAACGGAUCCACAGAGGAGAGAAACCCUAGGUAUGUAAGUCUGUGGGGCAGCAUUCACUGAUUCCAGUUCCCUUUGAUAUCAUGCAGUGGUGAUACACAGUGGAGAGUAACCCUGCACGUGUAAGCAAUAUGGAAAAGCCUUUGCUUAUUCCAGUCUUCUAAGAAAGCAGGAAAUAACUCAGUGACGAGAAACCCUGUAUGUGUAUGCAAUGUGGAAAGGUUUUCAGUUGUGACAUGUUAGUUUAAAAAAAAACAAAAUUACUCAUAGUAGAGAAAAAUGCUGGGUAUGUAAGCAAUGUGAUAAAGCCUUCUUUAUAAGAUUUCCCUUCACUACCAUGCAGUGACUGAUAGUGGGGGAAACCAUAUUUAUGUAAACAUUGUAGGAAAGCCUUCAGCCUUCAGUUCUUUUCGUUACAUUGAAAUACCUGAAAGAACUCACACUAGAGAGAAAUCCUGUGUCUGUAAGCAGUGUGAGAAAGCCCAAAAUUCCUGGGGUUUCACUUAAAAUUCUGACUUUCCCUUGGUACACUCCUAUAGUUCCUUGGCUCACUACCUUGCUGUAGUCAUCAGUGUGCCUUGGAAGUUAAUAAAGCUUUAUUUCCUUUUCUCCAUAAACUCUUGGUGUCUAGGGCAGAGUUUGGAAAUUCAGUAACACUAAAAAUUCCUUAGUUUGAAAUCACAGGAAUACAAGUCU